AAAACGAGCGAUGCGUCGCGGUGCGCACGCGCGAGCGUGAAAGGAAGACGAAGAAGAGGGGGGGAGAGACGUGCGCGAUCCGUGGCAGUGCACAACGUCGGUCAGUCGGUGCAGUCUGCGGUCGUCGACGGAUGCGAUUGACGCGAAGGACGUUGCGUGUGGGCUCGGCUCGGCUCGAUUCGGCUCGUCUCGGCCCGUCUCGGCUCUCGAUUCUCUUGCUCUCGCAUCCGUUAUGACGAUAUAGUGAUCCAGUAUCCACCAGGCGUGCUAGGCGCUCUUCGCGUCUCGGGUCUCGGGCUCGUCUCUCUUCUCCGGCGCAGAAAGUGAGAGAGAGAGAGAGAGGGAAAGGGGGGGAAGGAAAGAGACCGCGUUAUAUCGAACUUGGCGCACCCUUCGUCGGUUCGCGAAAAAAAGCCGAGAAAGGAAACGCGAUGGAGUCGGUUUGACAGUCUCUCCGCUAUUUUAUAUCUCGCUCUCCUUCGGGUCGGGCACUUCCUAGGUGUGUUCGCGCGCGCCAUGUGCCGCGCCGUCACCAUUCCGCGUGUGUCUCCUCCCUGCGGAUCGUCGUCGCGAGGUGUCGCGUAGCCGUACGUCAGGUAUCGGCCGAGUGCUUUAUUCGUCGGUGCUUCUCCAAAAGUGUUGGUGCACGCGAGUGAAAUUCAACGAUUGCGCACUUUUCUCUCUCUCUCUUCUCGCCCUCGUAUUUUUGUUCGGCUCGCGAGCCGUAGAGAGAGAUAGCCGCCAGAGAAGGAGGAAGAUAGAGAGAUAGAGAGGGAGAAGAAGCAAGCGAUAGAUUCGCUCGUCGGUGUCCAGAGUAUCGGCGAGCCCCGACAAGCAGCGGACAAGAGAGAUAACGCGAGGGAGCGCGAGCGGCGUAUAUCAAGAUGGCGCAUAAUUUGGCACCGAGCGUCAACUGCUCGCUCGACGACAUUGACCUGAACGCUCUGAAGGAGCCUGCUGGAAUUUUUGAACUAAUAGAAGUGGUCGGCAAUGGAACCUAUGGCCAAGUUUACAAAGGUCGACACACCAAGACCGGUCAGCUGGCGGCUAUCAAGGUCAUGGACGUCACGGAGGAUGAAGAGGAGGAAAUUAAGUUAGAAAUAAAUGUACUCAAGCGGUAUUCAAAUCAUAGAAAUAUAGCUACAUAUUACGGUGCCUUCGUAAAGAAGUCAUCACCCGGCAAAGACGAUCAAUUAUGGCUGGUUAUGGAAUAUUGUGGAGCUGGCUCCGUGACGGAUCUUGUCAAGUCAACAAAGGGUCAAAGCUUGAAAGAAGAGUGGAUAGCCUAUAUCUCGCGAGAAAUACUGAGAGGACUUAGUUAUCUUCAUAGCAAUAAAGUCAUCCAUAGGGACAUUAAGGGGCAAAAUGUUUUGUUGACUGACAAUGCGGAAGUCAAACUUGUUGAUUUCGGCGUUAGUGCACAAUUGGACAGAACGAUAGGUAGAAGAAAUACAUUUAUUGGUACACCUUACUGGAUGGCACCAGAAGUUAUUGCUUGUGACGAAAAUCCAGACGCCACUUACGACAAUAGAAGCGACCUUUGGUCGCUCGGAAUUACCGCUUUAGAGAUGGCUGAAUCACAACCUCCACUCUGCGAUCUGCAUCCCAUGAGAGCCUUAUUUCUGAUUCCUCGUAAUCCACCGCCGCGGCUCAAGUCGAAGAAGUGGGCCAAAAAGUUUCAUGGAUUCAUUGAAACGGUGCUAGUUAAGGAUUACCAUCAAAGACCUUAUACGGAACAACUCCUCAAACAUCCAUUUAUACGGGACCAACCUACGGAAAGACAAGUCAGAAUACAGCUUAAAGAUCACAUUGAUCGCUGUAAAAAGCGUAAACAGGAGAAAGAAAGAGAUGACUAUCGAUAUAGCGGUAGUGAAAAUGAAGAAGACGAGCCAGCGUUGGCAGGCGAACCAUCAUCCAUAGUUCAGGCACCUGGAGGUGACACAUUGCGCCGUAAUUUCCAACAAAUUCAGGAAGGCAGGACUUUGACGCAGGAUGUACCUCCUCAAGCACCCGCUGCUAAAGAAAAACCAGGAAACAGAUCUCAGAGAGAGGUACCAGAACCUGGACCGCCCGCAAGACCCGCUAUACCGCACAGACUUAUAGUGGUACCAGAUCCGCAACCUCCCUCUCGUCCAUUACCUCCGACACCUAGGGAUGAUCCUCGGCAACCGCACAAAGUAUCUACACCGCCUUCUAAUCACCAGACACCUACUGGAGGAGGAGGUAGUGGAGGAUCCGGAGGACAGCCUGCGCCUCAAAGGAACAGUGUUUUUAAACCUAUGCUGCCACCGAAGAAACCAGAGGACAUGGAGAUACUGGCUGCUCAACUCAUCGAGCUUGGUGUGUCACAGGGCCCCGAGGCCCCGCCAAGGCCAAACAGGCAACAUAAGGGCCUUGCAGCCUCGUCUACGUCGAAUUCAGUGCAACCUGCAAGUGGUAACGAUCAGAACAACAAACAGAUGCCGCAAUCUUCCAGUAUACUUGAUCAAGCCCUGUCGAUCGAGAGUGAUAGCGAUGACGAUCUCGAAGAUGCUGGAGGAAAUAACUUGAGAAACGAUGGUACAUUGCUGGCUAGCGAUCCGCCAAAGCCGCUUCCUGAAUUUUCUCCUUUCAGACCGUCGUCCGAUUCAUCGUCGUCGUCUUCACAUAAUGCCCAAAAUUCUCACCAUGAAGAUAAGCCAAAAGGAGGAGCACCCAAUCGUCCACUUCCGCCAACCCCCGAUGAAGAAGAAUCGGGCGAUCGUACGCUAGUCAUGAAACGAAAACUUAGUCAGAUGUCAGACGAUCGUGCAACGGCUAGCGGCAACCGACGUUCAGAAAUAGACGAGCAGCUCCUCCUGAAGGAGUGGGAUUUCACCCGCUUCUUUCAGGGUUUUAACGAAAAGUUGGAUAAAAUGAAACAGGAGCAUCAACAAGAAGCGGCCGGCCAAGCGAGCAAGUCUACCGGAUCCAAUGAGGAUCGCUCUUCUUCGUCUAACGAAAGAACGCUCAAGAGACAGGAGCAGUUGGCCCGAAGAAAACACGAGCAGCAUCACCAAAAGCAACAUCAAUUGAAGCCGGUUCACAGGCGACAGGAGAGCGACUCGAAACUGGGCAACGCGUCCAACGCCUUCACCCGCGCAUUUCGUCGCGAAAACUCAGAUUUUUUCCCGUCCGCGAGACACUCGGCAUACUUGAAAUCGUCGGACUCAUCCCAGAGGUCUAGUAUAUUCGCUAGCGGUAAUCGACGCGGAAGCGAGAUGAGUGUUGCCGGUAUUAUCGGUAAGAAGGGUAGCGGUGGCGGUGGCCUCAACUCCGGAGAGCCGAUUCUAACGGAUUUCUCGUUGAAUCGCGAGGGGCCCCAGAGACCUAGGAGAGAAAAGACCGAGAGCGAGAUUGUCUUCGGUAAUAGGCACGAAGCGAGAAGGUUCGAUUUCGGACGCGAUAAAGACGAGAACGCAAGAAGACGCAGUUGUAGACCCUCGGAUGCUACGGCCUCUGCCGUAGUCGACGAUGCGGGAACGAUUAAGUCCACGGCCAGUACGACGGCCAGCGAGUACAGCCCCAUUGUCACCCAGAAUCGCGAGGGUGAUCGUUCCAGAGGCGGAGGUGAUUUCCAGAGAUCAGAUUCGUCCCCAGGCUCGCGACCCAGUUCGGUUUUACCGGAUCUCUUGACUUCCUCACCAGGUCAACGACAGGACAAGUCGACUAGCGAAGAGUAUCGACAAGCGGUGAAAUCACCACCUCCGUUUGCGCUUCAACAGAAACAGAGGUCUUUUCUGACUUUCGGAUUCGGAGCCGGCCCAGCGAGAAGAGAGUCUCACGUAAAUGUUAACGUAACUCCUACCAGCCACGAUUUAGCGUCGGAUACACCUGAGAUACGCAAAUACAAGAAACGUUUCAAUAGCGAGAUCCUUUGCGCCGCCUUAUGGGGAGUAAAUCUAUUAAUCGGCACCGAAAACGGUUUGAUGUUGCUGGACAGGAGUGGACAGGGUAAAGUUUAUCAAUUGAUCAGCAGGAGACGUUUUCAGCAGAUGGAGGUCCUCGAAGGUCAAAAUAUUCUCGUUACGAUCAGCGGUAAAAAGAACAGAGUACGCGUCUAUUAUUUGUCUUGGCUGAAGAGUAAAAUUCUGCGGACGGACGGUCAUAGCGACCAAGUCGAGCGACGUAAUGGUUGGAUUAACGUCGGCGAUCUGCAAGGUGCCGUGCAUUUCAAAAUCGUGAAAUACGAGAGGAUAAAGUUUCUCGUGAUCGCGCUGAAAGAUUCCAUAGAGAUUUACGCUUGGGCACCAAAGCCGUAUCACAAAUUCAUGGCUUUCAAAUCUUUCGGCGAACUCGCGCAUAGACCGCUACUGGUCGACCUUACGGUUGAGGAGGGUACAAGGUUAAAGGUUAUUUACGGUAGCGCCGACGGCUUCCACGCAGUUGAUUUGGAUUCCGCCACCGUUUACGAUAUUUAUUUACCAAAACAUACUCAGGGUCCCAUCUGUCCGCAUUGUAUAGUAGCGUUGCCUAAUAGUAACGGCAUGCAGCUGUUACUUUGUUAUGAUAACGAGGGCGUAUACGUAAAUACAUAUGGCAGAGUAUCCAAAACGAUGGUUCUUCAAUGGGGCGAGAUGCCUACGAGCGUCGCAUAUAUCGGCACGGGACAGAUUAUGGGCUGGGGUAACAAGGCGAUCGAAAUUAGAAGUGUGGAGAGCGGUCACCUCGACGGAGUUUUCAUGCACAAGAAGGCUCAACGGCUCAAGUUCCUCUGUGAACGUAAUGAUAAGGUGUUCUUCUCGUCGGCGAAAGGCGGUAGCUCGUGCCAGAUCUAUUUCAUGACAUUAAACAAACCGGGGAUGGCCAACUGGUGAUUCCGAAUGAGGCCGAAUCUGGCCCCAAGAUUAUCUUCGCGAUUACCAACCUCACACAAUCCUUCUCCGCGUGUAUCAGGAUACACAGCGUCAGCGCGUACACUCGCCCGCCCUUCACUGCCAGGACUCGGCGCCUUGGAGACUAGGAGGUGCAUGCAUCGUAUCCAACAUCCUUAUCAACAACAGCAUCAGCAGCAUCAUCAACGUCAUCGUCAAUAUUAUUCUUAUUAUUAUCCACGUAAUCUUUCAACAUCGUACAAUUACAAUUAUGAAUAUGAAGAGGACGAAGAGUGCGACGAUAGAUUCCAACGAUACUGUCGGCCCUUGCGAAGCGCACCGGGGACAUUAACGUUUGUGAAUCUCCUCGUCAAGAGAUUUCUCUGUAUUCUCACUUGCUCGCCCUGCGGAUUGCGCGGCGCGGCCUAACACGGUGCUGAAACACGGAGCAAAUUUUCUUAAGAGCGCGCACGAUAAAAUAUUGCACGCUGGUAAAUCGUAUUGAAGGUAUUCUCUAUGUAUUUUUCUCUCUCUUAAGAAAAACACAAAUUUAUCGCUUUAAUUAUACUACGGAUAAGUCUAUAUUUGUUUCGCGUUUAUAUAUGUAAACUUUUAAUUCACACAAAACCUUAAUAUUAAAACGAAACAAAGUGUAUUUUAAUGUGUCUGAUGAGUAGAUAAUAAUUAAGAGAGUGUUUUAUACGAAGAAUGAUUUAGAGAAUAACAUAAUAAAACAUAAACUUUAUUUGUGCUCUUAUCUUUCUAAAAUCGUGAGUAGAUAGACAUAAGUACAGUGCAGACGAAUUACCAGUGACGCAGCGAUCAUGUAACUGACUGAUUGUUGUACCGGAGAAACUUCUCUUUGAUUGUAUUGUGCAACUGUUUUCAGCAUAAGAAAACUCGUGCAAUAUCGCUGGAUUGAUCUGUACAAAAAAAAAGAGAGACUCUAUUCUAAGAGAUUUUGCUUGCUUGAAAAAGAAGAAAAAAACUCGUAUAGUGUUUACAGUCGUAAUUAUUUUCUUUUGUCAGUUUGUUAAUUUCUCAAUUCUGGUGUGAGGCUUGAACAAAAUGUGUGACGUCGUUUCAGUAGAAACGGACGCGUUACAACAGACUGACGCCAUAAUAAACGGGAACGAUGCCGAUAUCAUGAAAUAAAAUUAGAAUUAAGUGAGAGUAAUUACUAACGUUAAUUAAUUGUAUAGUUAUAGCAGCUGGGAUUCUUUCCGCGGGCUUGUACUCGCAAGCGCGACGACGCGAUAUGAGAUAACGUGGUAGAAUAAUAUAUUGGAUGGAUGAAAAUCGCAUUUUUACAAAUAGUAGAUUAAUUAUAUCGUAGGGAUUUCGCGACGUGCGAUGUUGAAAUGAUGUAUAGCUAAGUUUCUUUUUUUUUCCACAUUUUCAAGUUUGAAUAAUUUCUUGUUAUGUUCAAUACGCGUACUUUGUACUACGAGAAAUCACAUUCGCACAACAAUCUUUCGUCGUAACGUCACCGACGAAUAACGUAGGCGUUAUAGUCUUCAGCUUUUGUAAGAAAUUUGUAACUUAGCGAGAGGACGUGCACUAAAAGAGAGCAUCCCGCCCUUCCGUCUUCCCGCUCGUUCCUUGAUCGCGGAUCGCUAUUUCGCUUCUGAAGCGUUAUUACGAUCUGAUCUCAUAAUCUCAAAGAUACUCUCCCCUGGUUGAAAGGGAAUCCUUAAUAAUUACUGUACCGCGAUUUUAUUGAUGUCGGAUUAAUCUUAGCCGAUUUAAGCGAGCUUACAGUGUUAAUAAUGGGGUGUGGUGAAGGAACAAAUUUCAAAUUACCUUAGUUCUUCGCUCACGUUGUUUACAGUGUCGAAGUCAUUGAACGUACGUAAUUAGUAUACGUAAUGCUUGCAGGGAUUUCAUCGAUAAAAGUUACGUUAAAAAAUGUAUGGGGAAACGUACUUUUAACUUUUACCGUUAUACCAGACAUAAUUAUGAUGUUACUAACAUGACUCGAGAGAGCGAGAGUGUACGACAAGAACUAUUAAAAUUAAGAAUCAGAUCGGCGUGCUUGCAGGGAUUUCAUCGAUAAAAAUUACGUUGAAAAUGUAUGGGGAAACGUACUUUUAACUUUUACCGUUAUACCAGACAUAAUUAUGAUGUUACUAACAUGACCCGAGGGAGCGAGAGUGUACGACAAGAACUAUUAAAAUUAAGAAUCAGAUCGGCGUUAAUUAAUUAUGCAACUCUGAAAAUCGGAAUGAUAUUUGAAAUUUGAAAAUAAGACAAUUGACGUAACGAAAUAUCGUGCUAAACAAAAUCUUGAAAAUGUCUUUCCCUUUUUAUCCAGACUUGCAGUCAAGACAUAUCUUUGCUUGUCGCGCGUUUUAAAACGAGCGAUUAAAGUAACUGGAUCUUUGUCGACGAUGAAAAAAUUGUACUUUUUAAUACUAAGACAUUAUGUAAUGUGACUCGCGUAUUUACGACAUGAUUACGACUAUAGCGAUUCUAAUGACGAUCGAGAAAAAUCAAGUUACGCGAGAGAGACUGACUCAUGAGAGGAUACACUCAUUUAUUUAUUUGUAAUAAAUAAAUAAAUAUAUGACGUGUCUCACAUGCAACGCAGAUGCAUUUUACUUUGAUCGAUAACGACUUUUCGAUAUUCAGCGAUACCGCUGCAAUCGUGAACCGAUUGCAAUUGCGAAAUUGCAUAUAUGUAAGUGCUAUUAAAUAAGUUGUCGACGUUAUCAGUUGGUAACGUAUAUAUAGAUUCUAUGCUCGCGGCGAAACAUUUUUUAUAUCAUUCACGAGAAGGCACAGGAAUGAGCGGAAAGCUUCAUACGGUGCAACGAAAGACUGCUUUUUAAAUGGAGGGAGCUUUUUAUCGCGCGAGAACAGAGAACGAGUGGGAUACCGAACAAUGUCGAACAAAAGAAGGGGAGAGAGUGCAAAGAGAGAACGAGAGAGCGAGAGCGAAUGAGAGAGUGAGAGAAUGAUCUUUUGGCAAAAAAAAUAAAAAAAAAAUAUACUGUACUUUCGGACGGUUAUAUGCGAUUGGCAGGAAUAUGGAUAAUGAUUAUAUGAUAGUAAUAUUAUUAAUUAUCUUAACUAGCGCGAACUAAUUUUAUACGAGGACUUCCCCUUUCUUUGUAUCCUUGCAUCUUUACUCGACUCCUCCUUUUCUAAUCUUUCUAUGGCGUAUUUCCUCAUUACCCUUCCCCCCGUUCCCUUAUCCCUUCUCUUUACACAUUGUCUCCCAAAGAUGGUAGUGAUGAUUUUUUUUUUACAGUACGUAGUUCAUAAUUAUUAUUACGGCAAUUUAUAUCGAUUGUAUUAUUAGCAUUAUUCCUACUUCUUACAAACUUCUCGAUCGUUAGACGCGAUGUAUGAUUACGACGAUUAUUAUUUUUAUUAUUACUAUUCACACAUACACAUACACACACAUACACACUAUUGCUAAAGUCAAAUAUACGGACAUUCGUAAUUUCA